CCCAAACCAUGAAAUCAAUUACAUAUUUCCCCUUUUUCUGAGAAAUUACCUAAUUACCCUCAAAUAACUUCCCAUUCGUAUAAUCAAUCCUCCAAACCAUACCCAGAGGCCAGACGACUUUUCUUCUCCCCGAAGACGUUCAUCUUAUCAUGUAUGAUCAAAAACUGAAUCUUGUUCAUCUAUAGGCUGUACAAACAUUCUCAUCGAUCCUGUUUACAACACUGGUUCAAUUGUGCGUUUUUUUUUUCCAACUGGUUCGAUCCUGUUCGUCCACUGGUUCGAUCCUGUUUUUUGUAUCCGAAAUUAUUCUUCAUCGAUUUUAACUGGUUCGUUCAUAAUUCUUCAUCGAUGCUUGUGUGUUUUUUUGUUUCGGAAAUUAUUCAGUUACAAUCGAUUGGUUGGUGAUGUGUUAGUUGCAUAGUUCACUGUUAAUGGUGGUGUUUAUUCAAUAACAAUCAAUACUGGACUGUGUUAAUUUCAUUUGUUACAUCUGAUGGAAUGCUCGCUGUGGAACAAACACAGGGUCAGCAAAUCAGUUUAUUUGAUACUAGGUAUCAAAUGGGCAUCAACGACAAACAAGUGUAUAGGGAAGGGUCUUUGCGGCGUUAAUGGGUAUUGUGUGGUCAUGAACGAUGCCACCACAUGUCGAUGUAUUCCGGGUUUUGAAUUCAUCAAUGAAGAGCGUUCGAGUUUGGGUUGCAGGAGACCUUACACUAUAGAAAGCUGCAAGAUGAUGUCACAAUGUGUAGCUUUGCUUGGGAAAUUUACCGCUCUCCGUGAGCCGAAUAUCCGCUAUCUUGGUCUACAUACGGAGACAUGCGCUGGAUCUACUUUAUGCUAUGUGGGAUACUUCAAAUGCUAAAGACAUUGUUGAAGAAUUAUUACAGGUGUACAGUUGCUAGAUAUAACAAAUUUAGAAACGUGCUGAUGUAGAGACUAGAGUAAUUGUGUAUUGAGCUCAAGAUUUCUGAUUUUGGCUUGGCUAAGCUACUUGAAUGGAAUUUAUGUUUUUU